AUGGCCCAACGGUCCUCUAUCACCAUCAAGUCAGGGGGUUCUCGGAACUUCAGUGCUUCCUCAGCGAACCUCCACCCAGGCUCCCGGACCAGCUUCAGCUCUAUCUCCGUGACCCAGGGUGGGAAGAGCUUUGGGGGUGGCUUGAGAGGUGGCUUCGGGACCAGGAGCCUCCAUGGCCUUGGGGGCAGCAAGAGAAUCUCCAUCAGCGGGGGCUACUGCUCCAACCGGGGCAGCUUAGGUGGUGCUGGUUAUGGGAUGGGUCUUGGCGGCAUAGGGUACAGAGUAGGGGGAGCCUACAGCGGGUAUGGGUCUGGAGCUGGGGGCAUCCAGGAGGUCACUGUCAACCAGAGCCUCCUGACCCCCCUCCACCUGGAGAUCGACCCCUCCCUCCAGCGGGUGCGGAAGGAGGAGAAGGAGCAGAUCAAGACCCUCAACAACAAGUUUGCCUCUUUCAUCGACAAGGUGCGGUUCCUGGAGCAGCAGAACAAGGUCCUAGAGACCAAAUGGAGCCUCCUGCAGGAGCAUAAAACCACCAGGGCCAACAUUGAGCCCAUGUUUGAAGCCUACAUCAACAACCUGAGGCGGCAGCUGGAAAGCCUGGGUGGGGAGCGGGCAAGGCUGGAGACGGAGCUGAAGAACAUGCAGGACGUGGUGGAGGACUUCAAGAACAAGUACGAAGACGAAAUCAACAGGCGCACAGUGGCGGAGAAUGAGUUUGUGGUGCUCAAGAAGGACGUGGAUGCCGCCUACAUGAACAAAGUGGAGCUGGAGACCAAGGUGGACGCCUUAAUGGAUGAGAUCAACUUCCUGAGAGCUUUCUACGAAGCGGAGCUGGCUCAGCUUCGGGACCAGAUCUCUGAGACCUCCGUGAUCCUGUCCAUGGACAACAACCGCUCCCUGGACCUAGACAGCAUCAUCGCUGAGGUCAAGGCCCAAUAUGAGGACAUCGCCAACCGCAGCCGGGCCGAGGCUGAGUCCUGGUAUCAGACCAAGUACGAGGAGCUGCAGCGGUCUGCCGGCCAGCAUGGGGACGACCUCCGCACCACCAGGAUGGAGAUCUCUGAGCUGAACCGGAUGAUGCAGAGGCUGCGCUCUGAGAUUGAUAACCUGAAGAAGCAGUGCGCCACGCUCCAGGCCGCCAUUGCGGACGCCGAGCAGCGUGGGGAGCUGGCCCUCAAGGACGCCAAGCACAAGCUGGCCGAGCUGGAGGACGCCCUGCAGAAGGCCAAGCAGGACAUGACCAAGCAGCUGCGCGAGUACCAGGAACUGAUGAACGUCAAGCUGGCCCUGGACAUCGAGAUUGCCACCUACCGCAAGCUGCUGGAGGGCGAGGAGUGCAGACUCACUGGAGAAGGUGUCGGGCCCGUGAACAUCUCUGUGGUCUCCUCUUCCGGGGGCACGGGCUACAGCGGUGGCGGCCACAGUCUGGGCGGGAGCAGCUACAGCAGCAGCCUCUCCUACGGGGGAGGCGGCGGGGGCUUCAGUUCCACCAGCGGCCGCAACAUGGGUGGCAGCACCUCCAGCAUGCGCAUCAUCUCCAAGACGUCAUCCACCAAGAAGAGUUAUAGGAGCUAA